AUGGAGAAUGACUGUUGCAAGUUUGUGCAGAAACUUCAUAAAUGUAAAUGGCACGAUGAUUUGAUCCGAGUGCCGCCUCACGAACUUAAUGCUAUGAGUUCACCUUGUCCAUUUGAUGCUUGGGGUAUGGACGUCAUCGGUCCAAUAGAGCCACCCGCUUUUAAUGGUCACAGAUUUAUUUUCGUUGUAAUUGAUUAUUUCACCAAUUGGGUGAAAGCAGCUUCUUACAAGUCGGUAACCAAGAAAGUUGUGGCUAAUUUUGUUCGCAAAAAUCUGAUUGAAGAUUUGGAUCACUUGAUGAGAGAGAUAUGUGAGCAAUUUAAGAUUACUCAUCGAAACUCAAACACUUAUCGUCCUCAAAUGAAUGGAGAUUUAGAGGCCGCCAAUAAUAACAUUAAGAAGAUUUUGAGGAAAAUGAUCGACAAUCAUCGAGGUUGGCAUGAGAUGUUAACAUAUGCUUUGUUAGGGUACCACACGACUGUCAGAACAUCGGUUGGGGCCACUCCUUACUUGCAAGUAUAUGGAACAGAAGAAGUCAUAUAUACUAAAGUUGAAAUACCAUCUUUGAGAAUUAUCCAAGAAGCUGAGUUAAGUAAUGCUGAAUGGGUCAGCAAACGGAUCAAUCAACUAACUUUUAUUGAUGAGAAGAGAAUGGUUGUCAUUUUUCAUGGUCAACUGUAUCGACAGAGAAUGAUUCGAGCUUUCCAUAAGAGAGUUAGAGCCAGAAUUUUUGAAAUCGUUCAGUUGGUACUUAAGAUAAUUUUUCAUCAUCAAGACGAGUACAAAGGAAAAUACGCACCAAAUUGGCAAGGUACUUACAUGGUUCGCAAAGUAUUGUCUGGAGGUGCUUUGGUCCUGUCGAGGAUGGAUGGCACCGCAUGGCCGAAACCAAUCAACUCAGGAUGUUGUCAAAAGAUACUACAUGUGAAGCUUCGGUUUUGCAUUUAUGUUAUUUCCUUGUAA